AUGUAUGUAAAGAUAGAGAGCGAACGAUUACGAUACUUGAGAUUUAAUCAACAAAAGUUGCGUGUGGAAGAAUAUAUUCACCUACGAGACGCUAUCAUCACCAACGCUGACGCCGCUCAAAUCGGUAACUCUGUCAUUCUACCAUCAUCAUACAUAGGCAGUCCACGCCAUAUGCAAGAAUAUGUCCAGGAUGCUCUGACCUAUGUACAAGAAUAUGGGCGGCCGUGUUUAUUUAUCACGUUCACGUGUAAUCCAAAAUGGUCGGAGAUUACAUCUUUACUAUUGCCUGGCCAAAAUGCAAUACAUCGCCAUGACAUUACAGCACGUGUAUUCAGACAAAAAUUGAAGUCUUUGAUAAAUUUCAUUACAAAAUUACAUGUAUUCGGUCCCACACGUUGCUGGAUGUAUAGCGUUGAAUGGCAAAAGCGGGGAUUACCUCAUGCUCACAUUUUGGUUUGGUUAGGCGAUAAAAUACGUCCUGUGGAAAUAGACAGUAUAAUUUCUGCGGAAAUUCCAGAUCCGUCUACUGAUCAAAUGUUGUUUGAUAUUGUUACAACAAACAUGAUUCAUGGCCCAUGCGGCAAUCUUAAUCGUUCAUCACCUUGCAUGGCAGACGAAAAGUGUACUAAAAGUUUUCCAAAAAAUUUCACUAACGAUACAAUCACAAAUGUUGAUGGAUAUCCAACUUAUCGUAGAAGACAUCCCGACAAUUGCGGACAAUCAUUUGUUAAAAAUGUUAACAGCGUAGACAUUGACAUUGAUAACCGUUGGGUGGUCCCAUAUUCGCCUCUGCUGAGUAAAACAUUCAAUGCUCACAUUAAUGUUGAGUUCUGCAGUUCAGUGAAGAGCAUCAAAUACAUUUGCAAGUAUGUGAAUAAAGGCAGUGAUAUGGCUGUUUUUCGGGUUGAAAAUACCAAUUUGAAUGCUCCUACGGUUAAUAAAGAUGACGAAAUAACACUUUAUCAAAUUGGCCGGUACGUCAGCUCCAAUGAAGCUGUUUGGCGUAUCUUUGGUUUCCCAAUUCAUGAACGGGAUCCAGCAGUUAAUCAUUUAGCCGUCCAUCUUGAAAACGGCCAGCGCGUAUAUUUCACGAGCGAGACAGCGUUUGAUUGUGCUAUUAGUCCACCAAAAACUACACUCACUGAAUUUUUUGAAUUGUGUAAUCGUGCGGAUGCUUUUGGUGCUUUCACACGGACAUUACUCUAUUCAGAAGUACCACGCUAUUUCACAUGGGCUGCUACAAAAAAAAUGGAUGUCUCGCAAGCAAGGUACGCCAAUUGA